UAUGAUUAGAGAUCAUGGGGCACCAUUCGACUGGAAAAAGUCAGGCUCUGCUAUUAGGCUGGGAAUCGAAAGAGUGAAUGAAGAAAUUCUCAACGGUUCUGGCUAUUACAUAACCUCUAUUGAACGUCAAUACGGCCCUGAUUGCGAUCAGAAGAAAACCCCAGCUAUUUCGGCCGAGCUAUAUUAUAAAGAGAACGUGUCUGCAAUAUUUGGUCCAGGAUGCUCAGGAGCUUUAGAUGCCGUAGCUUUUAUGGCGGCAAAUUGGAACCUGCCAAUUAUUACUGGUGAAGGUGCCGCCGGCAGAUUUAGCUACAAAGAAAACUAUCCUACUUUAGUCAGAUUAGCUUACUGUCAAUGCGCUUUGAGAAGAGUUUUUGGCUCUAUUUUUAAAUAUUUCAACUGGUCAUCGAUAACUAUUUUUACAGACGUUAGCAAUGAAUUUUACACUGAAAUGUCAGAUACUUUAAAUGAUGGCCUACGACGUAUGAAAGUGUAUCCUUAUACGGAAGAUUUUGAUAGUAGACAUUAUCAAGAUGAUCAUGGAAAAUACGAGAAACUCUUAAAGGAUGCUAGUGAAAGAUCACGAAUCUUUAUCUUUAUGGCCAAUGGAGAUAUUAAUAGAAAAUUGCUCAUUGCUGCAUACGAUCUAGGAUACAUUGAAAGUGGGGAAUUUGUUUUAAUGGACGUUGAAUUAUUCAAGGACUAUUAUUGGGGAUAUUUCGACUGGAAAAGAGGUUUGAAAGACGAUGAUAAAGUUCGAAAAGCGAGUGAAGCUGUGAUAAGAGUACGAUUGCAAUUAGAAGAGAGUGAAAAGUUUACUGAAUUUUCCAAAAUUAUUAAAGAAAGAACACUAAAAGACUUUAAUUAUACAUAUAACGUUGGAGGAGUCAACUUUUUUAUUGGAGCAUUUUACGAGUCUAUUAUUUUAUAUGGAGAAGCCUUGAAAGAAAGUAUACAAAAGAAAUUAGAUCCAAGGAAUGCAAAACAAUUUAUUAAAUUAUUUGAGAAUAGGACGUUUAAUGGAAUUACUGGAAAGGUGUAUAUGAAUGAAAUAGCAGAUAGGGAAGCAACUUAUGAAAUAAUGGAUAUGAAUCCCGUAACAGGAAAAUUCGAGGUUUUCGGAUACUAUCACGGAUUCUCGCUCAAGUUCGAACCCGUUUUAGGUAAAAAAAUCUUUUGGACAGGCGGUAGAACAAAGCCGCCUUUAAACGAACCGAUAUGUGGCUACGAAGGUAACGCUCUUGCUUGUAUCAAAUCAGAACCCUUAAGUACUUCAACUAUUGCUUUGAUUGCAACUGCUUGUUUGCUAAUUCUAUCUUUAGCCGCAGGUUUUAUCGUUUACAGAAAGAUGAAAUUAGAGUCCGAAAUAUCCGACAAUUCAUGGAUAAUAUCUUCAGACGAAAUAACAGUUCAAACAACCUUAGCUAGAAGCUGCUCAAUAAGAUCAAGGAUUGUUGAAAACGAUCCAACGGUUGACAUGAAAUCGACAAAGUCGAGUAGAAGUUAUUUAUCCGGUCAGGCAUUUAUCGAAACCGCAAAAUAUAAGGAAGCAAUUGUUGCUUUAAAGUAUUUCUCAUCUGAUAAAAAAUUGAAUAUCACCCGUAAAAUAAGAAUUGAAGUUAAACAGAGGCGUUUGAUAAGCCAUAAUAAUGUAUUAAAAUUUUAUGGUUCAAUUUUAGAACCACCAACAAAGUCUGCCCUUUUACAUGAAUACUGUAAGAAAGGAAGUCUUCAAGAUCUUUUAGAAGAUGAUAAUUUCGAUUUGGAUUGGCCCUUUAAAUAUUCUAUUAUUAAUGAUAUAGUUAAGGGAAUGCAGUUCAUUCACUCUUCCGUUAUUGGUGUACAUGGAAAUUUGAAAUCAUCCAAUUGUUUAAUAGAUGAUAGAUUUAUUGUAAAAUUGUGCCAUUUUGGUUUACCAUCUUUUUUGAAGUUAACAGAAAAACAAAAAGAAAAUACACACGCAUUUCACGAAUCUCUUUUGUGGACUGCACCUGAAAUAUUAAGAACAUCUAAGUCUAAAUUUUCAAUGGAGUGUUCACAAAAAGGGGAUGUUUUUAGUUUUGGUAUUAUCGUUCAAGAAAUAGUACUACGAAGCUAUCCGUAUUCUAUUGAAAGAGAUACGCAAUCUGUAGAAGAUAUUAUUAAAAAGAUCAUUGAGGGUUGUAAGCCAGUAACAAGACCUUUGAUACCUUUGGAUCCGGGUAACAGGACUGCUAUUGAAAUUACCAGUAAAUGCUGGGAAGAAGAUCCUAAUGAUAGGCCAACUUUUAUUGAAUUAAAACAACUAAUAAGAAAAUUAACAGGAUUAAAAGAAAUAAAUAUAAUGGAUGAUUUAUUGAAAAGAAUGCAGCAAUACGCAAAUAAUUUAGAAACCAUUGUUGAAGAAAGAACGAAACAAUUAGGAGAGGAAAAACGAAAAACAGACGAUUUACUUUUACAGAUUUUACCAAAAACAAUUGUUGACCAACUAAAAGCUGGUAAGACAGUUACUCCAGAAUCAUUUUCAAGCGUUACUAUAUACUUUAGCGAUAUUGUUGGAUUUACAAUGAUUUCCGCUAACAGUACACCAAUUCAAAUUGUUAAACUAUUAAAUGAUUUGUAUACAAUGUUUGAUGAAAUUAUAUCUGAAUUUGACGUUUAUAAAGUCGAAACAAUCGGCGAUGCUUAUAUGGUUGCUUCUGGUCUACCCAUUAGAAACGGUCUAAAUCAUGCUAAAGAGAUUGCAAAUAUGUCAUUGCAGCUAUUGGAAAAGGUUAAAUCUUUUAAAAUACAACACAGACCUGACGAACAGCUAAAAUUAAGAAUUGGCGUUCACACUGGUCCUUGCGUAACAGGUGUUGUAGGUUUAAAGAUGCCUAGAUAUUGUCUAUUUGGAGACACUGUAAAUACAGCGUCUAGAAUGGAAUCAACAGGAUGUCCUUUAAAGGUUCACUUAAGUUCCCAUACUGCCGAAAUAUUGGAUAUGUUUAAUGAAUUCCAAUUAGAAUGUAGAGGAGAAAUUGAAGUAAAGGUAUAA